AUGUUCUCCGUCUCAGUACCCACCAUUUCGGUGGGCUCAAACGUCUUCUUCGCACUUGCCCUGUUCUCCAUAUCCGGUCUCGUGCUACUUCUUCUGCGCCGCUACUUAACACUGCGUGCCACCCCCGGGUAUUUGAUUGUUCCCAUAUUUCUGGCCCUGGCUCUUCCCGCUAGUGUCGUACUCCUAGUUCCCAUUGAUCUGGCAUCGAGUUCAAGAAAUGGAUCUGGCCCCAAAGCAAUCUGGCUACCGGAGCGAAUGGUCCUGGUAUGCUGGCGCAUCGCAUACUGGCUGAUUUUCGUCCUGACCUGGGCCAUCCUUCCAUUACUCGGCGAAUAUGUUGACUCGGGCUACCGUGACCCGAAAGGUCGCCUGAUGUACUCGCUUCGCUCGAAUGCCCAAUACCAAUUGAUCUGCCUGGGCUGUGCCAUCGUGGGAUUAAUCUACGUCUCAAUCUCGAACAAGUUCGAUUUCACCUCCAUCAAGGGUCUCAUCAUGGCCCUGGCAUACAUGUGGGGUCUAGUUCUUGCCAUCUACCUUAUGGGCCAUGGUUUGGUCUCCAUCCCACGCAAUCUGCUCCGAAACUCCAAUGUCAGCGGUCGGCUACGCAGAAUCCAGGCGCAUGCGCCCAAGAUUCACGAUCGUCUCAUGGACUCGGUUUCUCAAUUGCAACGGCGCAAGACCGGUACUGCUCGCGAUUUCCAGGAAUGGAUCGAAGAGCUGAAAGAGGGACAUGGUCAGCCGGAUGUGCGGGCGCCGAUCCUCGAAGCCCCAGAAAGUUCCGCGACAAUACCUUCCGUCAUUACCGAGCGCUAUUUGGCCGAUCUUACUAGGCGGCUCCAGCGCGCUCGGCACAUGAAGGCCCGGUUUGUGGAUGAGUGGGAUCGCACGGUCCAGUUAUCUGCCGAUCUGCAGGCUAUCAUCAAUUCUGUCGCCUCAAAGAAGCUCGAGUUUGCACCCGCUGCACGUCGAUCCUCAUGGAUGCCUCGUGUGAAGGUCCUUACUCCAUAUUUGCGGUACCACUUAUACUCCAAUGUCAUUCCGUCAGUUCGUCUCGCAUUUGGCGCGUUCUUUGCUGUGGCAUCAGCCUGUAUCGUGUGGUCCGAGCUGAUCAAGUCCCUGGCCCCGCAACUCUCCGCCGUGAGUCUGACAGUCGUGCCUAAUUGGAAAAACAACCCCGUCGGCUUCGGCGGCCAAUUGACAGCCUCUGCCUGGUUGUUGUACAUGUGUUCCGCAGCCAUGGUAGGCAUCAGCGACGUCAAAGUGUGGGGCAACCGAGCGCUCGUCCGCCGCAACACAUACGGCGAAAGCGCUUGCUGGUACGCCGGUCUUGUAGCCCGAUUAACAGUCCCAAUCGCGUACAACUUCUUGACCUUUUUGCCCAAGGAGUUCCGACGUACCACGACCUUUUACGAGUUCCUCGGCAAACUGAUCAACCUCACCCCCCUGGGUAAAGGCUUCGACUUCAUCUUCCCAAUCCUCAUUCUCCUCCCUAUCUGCGCAACGCUCUUCAACCUCUACGGUCGCAUCAAGAACGUCUUCGGCUGCGGCCUCGCUGAAGACGACGAUAUCCACGAUGUGGAAAACAACCCCGCCGGCUACGGCAUGGGCGGGUGGCGCGAAGGCCGCGACCUGAUCGAGCGCGAACUAAACGGCUUCGGCUCCCUCGCCGUGUCCUCACGCGGCAGCCGUUCGACCUGGGCGUCUGAUCGCGACGGCGAAGGAUCACCGGGCUCGUCCAGGCUACGGGUCCCGGUAGCCGAGGGCUCGCGCUCGCCUCAGCCCCAGCGGAAGGUGUCUACGCCGACGGUUGUCGAUGGCGAAGAGGGCGAAGAGGAGAAUAUCUUCCAGUCCUUUGCACAUCGCGUCAAGAAUACUUUCGAGACUACUAACACACCGCGUUGGCUUCAGGGUGAGCCCUUCCGGCUUCCGCGCUGGAUGUCUGCUGACAAUAAUGCGGGAGAGGGUGGUCGGCUUCGUCUGGGAUCGAACUGGAGACCUUCGGAUAUCAAUCCUGUUGCCAGGAAUGUCAUAUGGUUUAAAUAUGAGACCAACAAAGACCAAAGAAAAAACAAAAAGAAAUGCCCUCGUCCAGGAUCGAACUGGAGACCUUCGGAUAUCAAUCCUGUUACCAGGAAUGUCAUAUGGUUUAAAUAUGAGACCAACGUCAUGACCAAACUAGACCACGAAGGCAGUGACGAAUGA